CCGUCAGCAUGGCAGUGAGCGAAGAUUCUUGAGCUGAUGCAACUUUUGUUUUUUGAGCGGCUUGCGUUGUCCGUGAUCUAUCUGCUGAUCGAAGGUAAUUCUGAAAGCUUAUGUUUGUUGGUUUCGUGGAAAGGUUCCACAUGAGGGGAGAUAUCUUGCUCAGUAAUCGUACAUUUAUUGGAGUCAUUUCGAAUGUCCUUCGCGCGAAAACGUGUUUGAAAUAACUGCUGGUUGGAUCGCAUGAUGUUUGUCUGUGCUUCUCUGAUAACUAGCUGACUUCGCCGUGGGCUCUGGUCGUUUUACCAAGCUGUUAUGUCGGAAAUGUCAAAGUGAAAAGUGGGAAGGCUUUUUCUUAAUCUAAGCCUCUUGUGGUAUUUUGGAAGAACAGGAAGGUUUACGUAGCACAAGAGUUGCUAGGGAUGUGGAAUUUAUAGCUUUGACUGUUAGGUUUGUUCCACUGGAAAUUUGCCAGUACACCAGUAGCCAUACUCUUGUCUGCUUAUUCACAAUUCAUGAAUCAUUUUGACUCUCAAGCAAAUGAGAAAGAAAACAACAGAUCAAUCCAGAAUAUUUAAAAUGACUCAAAUUUUCCUUUACUUUUCAAUAGUCCUUUGUAAUCUCAUCACAAUGUGGCCUGUGAUUGUUUUGAAGGUUUAGAGAGUCAGUCAUCUCACCGUCUCGGAUAUGUCUGGAUUAACGAUCCUAAACAACCCUUGUAACGAAAUGUGGUAAGUUUUCAUGUUUUAUUUAUGUAUUGUUGGUUCCCCGAUAUGAAAAUAUGUUGAAGUUUCAGUAAGUUCUUAUGGAGUAACCACUUGUUUGUAAUAAUCAGAAAAGGAUAUAAGUGGAUGUCAAACAGAAUUCCAAUAAUAGAGAAUCCGUUAAAUUACCCAAGCAUUACUUUCAAUUUUCAAAACAAACUUUAUUUCCAAAGCGAACAACAAUGUCGUCAGCAUGCUCUAUACUCUCAUAAAGCACGCUACAAUAAGCCAAUCAGAAUCCUUGUUAGAAUGGCUCAAAUAAUCUGAUUGGCUGUACAAGACUAGAGCUGUCAAAAGUGUCAAACCAUCAAAGUUCAAAAACCAUCAAAGUUCACAUUCUACGAUAAUUUAGAAACUAAAAUAGUUCGGCGAGUCGAAUUUAACACUUUUGCCUGAAGUUUUUAAGUCUCUAAUAUAGAAUCUCGAAGUGAAAUGUUCAGUGAAAUUCAACCGAAUUAUGGCUCAUAAAAGCACGCGAGUUUUUUCCACAUGACAAGGUAGAAAACAAGCUGUUCAAGGCGAGUGUUUUUUGAAUGAAAGACAGCUGAAUUCACCGGAACAUGAAGAUCGCUCGUGAUGACAGCGACGCAAAACUCGGCUGCAGUGACUGAUGUGAAUUGCCACUCAACGUAUCGGAAAGGAUAUCAGAGCAAGCUCUUAUUUUUUCACUCGAAGGGCGGCCGAUGUAGUUUCCGAGGCUUGCUUUACUGUGAUGACCGGAGAUCGCCAUGAUGAGCGAGCCGCGAUGAACUUAGCAUGAUCAUAUUCGCUCAGACACCGUUAUGAUUAGUAUGAAUUUUAACAAUUAUGCCAGUUUGGUUAUAUUUUUCAUCAUUUCUGUUUUGUCCUGUUUUGUUUUUGAACACUGACUUUAUAUACUAUACGAGUGUUAGCUGUGUUUGAUUUUUAUUACCGUACGUAAGCUUGCAAUCUAACUGAGCGUGAAAAUCUUUAAAACUCGGAAUGUUUAUUUUGUUUUUCCUUUGAGGAUUUUCGUAUCUGCUCACGUUUUAAUAACGUAAAUUACGGCGCAUGGUAUGUUUACAAACCUUUGUUUGAUUCUUCUGUUGCUAUUUGCCGGCUCGCUUCAGUUCCGAAAUUUCACUUUCAAUUAUCGAGAAAAAGCUAAAAAGAAGUCCCGGAAAAGGUCGAACAUAGUACAAUUGGCAGAUGGCGUGACAGCUUUAGCUCAGUUCUAUGCUCUAUACUCUCAUAGAGCACGCUCUUUCAACCAAUGACAGCGCGCGUUAUAUCCGAACUUUAUUAUAAUUAUGUAUUGUUAGUUCCCCGAUAUGAAAAUAUGUUGAAGUUUCAGUAAGUUCUUAUGGAGUAACCACUUGUUUGCAAUAAUCAGAAAAGGAUAUAAGUGGAUGUCAAACAGAAUUCCAAGGGCAACCUUCUUGGUAACCCAGAUCACAAAUUGUUUGCCAGAGAUAAAACUUUACUUGUUAGGAAUCAAAGACCCUUUGUAGUGAAGUGCAUGACAUGUUUUCUACUGUUUUAGUAAGAAAUUGUUGUUUUGGCUUGCAAUAUUGUGAUUAGAGGAUUCAUUGACAUCUUUUGGGCUUGUUCGUCAAACAACCAAAAAGGAAGAGGAAAAUUUAUUGUCUAGAAAACAAUGGAACAUUGACUUAAGUAUUUUAUGCAGAUGCUAUACGUCACCUUCAAACAGCUAGUUACCUUGAACAGCAUAUGAUGCGCCUCAAAUCAACUGAAACUUGAACCAUAAACACCAAGCAUUUAGUUAAUUCCCACCUUCAGAGGCUGAAAAAAUUGAUUUUUCUUUUAUUUGUAAAAACUGAAUUCAAACAUUAAACCUAACAAUUCCAAAAAAAUAUCUGAAAUCUGUAAAAGCACCUAAGUUAUUUAGAAAAACAUAUUUUCAAAUAAAAGUUAAUAAAUCAGGAAGGUGUCAUAAUCUCCAACCUGGACAAGUCCCCUGGGGGAAUUUUUGCUGUGACUGCUCGUGUUGGGGCUUGAUUUUCAUGUUAUUUUCAUAUUUUGUUUACAUUGUGCACUUAACAAAAUUCACACAUGGAAGCUCUUUGUUUAUGGAAAAAUCUUUGCUCAUGGAAAAAAUCAAAAGCUGAAGAAAGUCCUUGGAAGAAAAAAAAAUAAAAAACAGGCCCAAACUGAGAAAGAAAGGGUACCACUCUGUCAAGUAAAGAAAAAAUUCCUUCGUGAAAACGACUUGUACUAGUGGAGCUUCAUGCUGGUGUCUAGAUUUCACCAAAGAAGUCACUGUUAAACCAAAAUGUGCCAUACAUGAUGUUAAAAACGAGGUUUCCUUUUCUUUAUGCAAGUACCAGCCUUGAUACAAAAACAUUGACAAUCGCCCAAAUUGUAAUUUUGAAAGCUGUUUAUCAAUUCGUUGUCUUGCUUCUUAGCACAUUUUCCAGUUUUUCCAUCUUUGUCAUGGGUUUUUCCUUUGUCUUUGGCAAGUUUUCUUAUUAUUGUGUUGUCCUCCUCAACGUUCCACUGAGUGAUAGAGAUAAAAGAAACGUGCCUGCUAUGGGUUACCGUAUUUACCCGGGUAUAAGUCGACCUUUUACUGCCUAAAAAUCGGUCCAAAAAAUCGCCCUCGACUUAUACAUGCGUCAAAAUCUGAGAUAAAAAAACUUUCAGGACAAAUUAGCAUAAUAAUUGUCUGAUAUGUAAACAAACAAUCCACUUUUACACGGUACAAGUUCCGAUGUCUUUUCCCUGCACAACUCAAGCAGUCUAAGUUUAAACGCUUUAAGGUUCAAUAAAGAACUGAUAGUUGCAGCCAAUAAAGUGGUAAGUCCGCUCGACGAAAGCCACAUUUCUCGCUUCGAAGUUUUGCUGCUUAGUAACCUGGCUUUGUAUCGUGCGAGCGCGAGGACUUUGUUUAGCACGUGUUCCAAUAAAAUGCUGGUUGGCAGGGUUUUUGUUUUGGUUGUUACGCGCCUUUACACAACAAUAAAGGUUCGUUAGAAAGUAGUAUGUUUGAUUUUGUAAGCUAAUUUCAAAAAUUGUGAAGAAAAUGCUGCUUACACGCUAAAACACGCUAAAACGCUCGUGUACAUGCAAUAAGAAACUUCACGUCCAAACUUGCUGUGUUUUCUUUCAUAUAACCAUAGUACCUGAAAGAAAAUUCCUACCAGCUCCUGACACUCUCUAAAAGGAAAGCUCGCUCAAAUUAUAUUUUUAUCCUAAACUGUAGUUAUUAAGCUUUCUUCUGAUAUAUAAUUUGCUAAGAUUUUAGUGAAACUAGAGCGUAUACAAAUUUUCUCUUAAUGAACACCCAUGAAAGUGGGAAGUAACCUUAAUUGUUAUUGGGGCGUAGAGAAUAAAAGAACCAUGAGGCUUUCAAGCUAGUCCCUCUUAAUUAUUACUUGUACUAUUUCUAUGAUUUUCAUAAUUGUUCACAUGAUUAUUUGUUAUUAUUAAGUUGCUGGUUUAACGUCAACUAGUCACUGUAUUCUUGAAUCAUCUUUCUCUUGUUAACCACUUCACUCUUCACUUUUCUCUUUUGUUUUUAUUUUCUUGCAUGGUUACAAGAUAUUCCUUUGACCCGCAGAUAGCAAAUGCUAAGUGAGGCAUACCCAUGAAUAUAUGGGAUGUGGCAGGCUUCCUUGCUUUGCAUGCUUGCAUGUAAUACAAAUCUUCUGCAAAACUAUCUUCUACCUAAACUACCUUCUCCAUUUUUGUCCAAUUCUAUAUCAGUAGCCACCUGCAGUCUCAUACUGCCUGUUUUGUGAAUAUGUAACCUAAAAGCGAAGUUAAUUAAGACAUUGUAAUUUUUUCUUUUCAGCAGUUGCAUUCAAUAUUAAAGGUUUCCUGUGAUGUCUGGACCAUCAAAGGUAAAACCAAUGACUCAUAAAUUUAAUUAUGAAGCUAUGAGGAUGAGAUUUUUGUACAAGUGGAACCCUUUUUCCUGUAAAUUUAGGCACAACAUUUACACCUUUGUGUGUCACUGUUUAUCUUGAAAGUCAGUCCUUGCACAUUCUUGAUCAAGGACAAACUAUUCAUAACUGUGAGGAUCUUACAAUAUUUAAUUGUACAGUUAUUCAUUGAGAAACUCACUUCAAGAAUCUAAAGCAUUUUUCUGUCAACACUUGCUGUAGACAUUUAAUAUGUCUUAAGCAGGUGUGAGUGGCUUAAUUACUUCUUUACUCCUGUAACUUUCUACUUUGUCAGUAUAUCUCCCCAUGGAUGUCCUUAACAAAACUUAAUCACAAAGUCACAAAGUUGUCAAUCACUUUGUUCUUCAAUUUCAAUGAAUUUUUAAAAUUUAAAUGAUCAGUUCAUCAUUGCAAGACAAAGUUCUUGUACCCGAAGCCUCCUCUAUCUCUGAGGUCUUUCACAGCUUGGUGUUGCUUGCGUGCCAGGCACUGUUGCUCCAUCAAUUGCAAGAUCUGAACAGAUGGGAACUGCCUUGUUUCCAUUCUAUACGCUUGUGUUAAUGGGGUAUUCCUUGAAGGAGGUUCAUGCAGCAGAGUGGCAGGUGCCACAGGUAUUAAUUCUCUUGCAGCUCAACCUGGUUUUGUUGUGGGUGCUCUAAUUUUGUCUGGCUGACAGAUAGUGUUUCAAAUGUAGAUGCAGGAUCAUCUAUCCCAAAUUUCUCCACAUGGGAAGUAUUUCUCGAGUAUUGGGUCCCACUUGGAGUUUCUAUAAUGACACUGUUGCCAGUCUUGCUAACCACUUGGGAUUAAAUGGUGUGGAGAAUUUGUCUUUUUGUCUUUCUCUAGCACUCAAUCGCCAACUUGAAUAUCUGAUUGUUUUGUGUUUUUAGCCUCGUCUGCAUAUGCUUUGGCCUUUUCUUUUACCCUAACAAGUCUGUAUGUGGCAAUCAGCAUGUAGCUCUGGCAAUUUUGCUCUCAUCUUUCUUUUAACCCUUUAACUCCAAGAAGUGACCAACAGGUAACUUCUCUCUAUGAUAUCCAUAUGUUUUCUGGCAAACGGCUAACAAGAAUACUCAAGCUUAUCAGGAAGAAGUUUUUAUCUUGAUCUUACACCAAAUUCUUGUAACUAAUUUACAAGGAAUUGUGUGCCAGCAAGAGGAGAGAAUUGGCAAUCAGAUCUUGGGAGUUUAAGGGUUAAUCAAUACUCCUCAGGCCUUUUAGCAGAUCAAUACCUCACCACACUCUCACAUAUCCUCUUUAUCCUUUAUCCAGUCAACUCCCACAGCUUGGGAAAUGCGGGCCCUCUUCAUUAGAAUGGCAUUUCAUCUUUCAACUUCCCUAUUGGCUUAGGUUGGUUUUUGUGUGGUCUUAAGAUACUCAAUGCCAUUCUGCCUACAGUAUUCUUGGAAUUGUUUUGAUCAGAAUUAUGGUCCAUUGUCUGACAUGGUAGUUACAGGAAGACCAUGGCUGCAGAGGAUCUCUUCUAGGUUAUCAAUUACUUCCACAUACUCAUGAUAAUGGUCAUAGUAGUUGAUGACAAGUAGUAUGGAUGGUCCAGAUGGGAGUGGCUGUAGAAGGUCUAUGGCUUGGUCUCACUAAGGACACUUUGGCAAUGUCAUUGAUGUCAGCAGCUCAAGGGAAUAUGGAUGUGCAACCAGUUGACAUUCAUAACAAGAUUUGCAGAAUUUUUCUGCUACCUCAUCCAUACAAGGCCACCAUACUUUGCUUCUCAAAUUUUGUUUUGUUCCAACAAUUGCAACAUGUAAGUGUCCCUUAUGAGCUAAGACAUGUAAGCAUGGUACCUCUUGCAUGCCCAAAAAAGGGCAAGGGAUUCUCUCUCAGUCUGGCAGUAUUUACAUGCAUACUCUGAGGCUGUGGCUUGCACAGAUAAUGGGCACCCACGUACCAUUCUGGUCCUGUAUUAACACCUGGCUCUGAGGCCAGCAAGAAUCAUAUCUGCAUUAAGCCUUGUUGAUGUAUUGUUGUUAACAUAUGGAAAUGUUUCAGCCACAACCAUGUUCUGCUUUACCUACCCUUGUUAAGCUAAGCUAAGCUAUUUGCCCCCCUUCCCUCCAAAACAAUGUUGUAUCCUGAUUCCACAAACUUCUAGCUACAUACAGGUAACAUUGAAUGGGGGGGGGGGGUCAUGUCAAUGAUGAAGAGUGUGGUAGAAAUAGGAGUGUCAUUCUACACAUAAUUAGAACUCUGCAAGAACAAUAUGUCGACUUUGAUGCUGAUUAUAGCUUGCUAAAAACCUUCAAGCCAUUCAUGUUGUGUGACAGCCCAUCUACUAUUGGUAUGGGGUAGUGACCAUGUACAUCUAUGCAGAGCCAAAUGUCACCAUCCGUCUUUGGAAUAAUUACUGCUGGUUUCACCCAUGGUGUUGGACUGUCAACUUCUUCUAUGAUGUCAUAGUCUAAUAGUUCUGGAACUUUCCAUUCCACUUUGUCUUGCAGAUUGAAGAGAGUUACCCUCAGUGGUGUGCUUCUAGUUUUACUGUUGGGUAUUUGUGUAAUGUCACUUGUUUAAACUUCAGCUUUCAAAUCCCACUAAACACCUCCAGGAAUUAUUGUUGCAGUUCUCUGUUGAGUUCUCUACUUGCCAACCAAAACUUCACACAUAGAACACUCUUUUACUUCAAGGGGCUUGCUGGAUGUAUAAGCAUGUUAUAGUUUCCUGUCAACAGGGGCAGCUUUAGAUUUACUCUUUAUCUUCUUAGCUUUCAAAUUUUCCCAGGUUUCUUCAUCAUCAGUGUUAUUGGUGUCCCCAGAAUCCACCAACAUCUCUAAUUCUACCCCACCCACAAACAAAUUAAGCAGAAUUGAGUGGACUGCAAAAGCUGAGUUGAUUAUGGGAAGAAAAUAUCCAUUCAAUGCUGUAACAACUGUAGAGAUCUGGCUUAAUCAUUUGUUUUGCUUGUGUUCACAAGUUUUGUGAAGAUUUUUUUGGAUAUCUACCCUGUUAAAUGGAGUAGCAUAGCUGUUUUUCAUUGUCUUGUGGUUGGGUUUUUACCUUCAUUAAUAAUUAGACCUUUACCAUUGGCAAAUAAUUCCAUUGUGGUCUUACAUAGCAGUUUCCUAGCAACAAUCAAACUUAGGAAUUGUUUUUUAAAGUUCCAUUUUUGUUCAAAGACAUCUUGUGCUAUGCUUGUGUUGUACCAAUUCCAUGCUUAUCCUUGUUGCCUAUGUUGUGCUCCCCUGCUACGUAAAUAACUGAUGAACAACCAGAAAUUGUGCACAAAUAAGCAGACCAUGUGCGAUUCUAUUUUUUUCCUCUCUCCAUGCUCUCUUGGCCAUUGUUAUGAACACUUGACAAAAAUAUACUUUAUUACAACUUUUAUAUAUUAAUAUGAAAUAUGUUAUAUUAUUGCAAUAGAGACAGCUAUUCUAAAUCUGUGCUGUUUACUCUUGAAGGAGCAAAUUGAAGCCACUCCAAGUGAAGCCUCUUCAUCACAGGAAGGCCAGCAAAAUGGGAGACUGAAAGUCACUUUGCUGAGUAGUGGGUGGAGAUCAUCAACUGAUAGAGAAGUUUCAACUAUCAGCAGAGAGCUUGCCAUACAGUUAGCUAAGCAUCCUAAUGUGAAAGUUAGUGUGUUUCUUCCCAAGUGUAGUGAAAAGGACACAAAAAAUGCUGAGGAUCACAAAAUUCAGCUUGUUGAAGCAGAUGAACUGUACGGCUUUGAACCAAUUUAUUGGUUGUCAUUUUUACCCGGAAACCAUGUUGUAGACUGUAUCAUAGGACAUGGAUUGCAUCUUGGCAAACAAAUUCAACUCAUAAAGAGGAAUAAAGAGUGUAGAUGGAUUCAAGUUGUUCACAGUGUUCAUGAAGAGGAGGGAAUGUACAAGAACAUUUCAGAAGGAGAAGGUCUUAAGAAAAAAGAAGUAAAACUUUGUGAGAUGGCCGAUGAGGUCGUAGCAAUAGGACCUAAAGUGGCUGAGGUUUACAAACGCUACCUUAAAGAAACCAUUUUAGAUCUCACUCCGGGUGUUUUCUCUGAAUUUUUGAAUGUGGUGCACACCACUGAGGAAAGGAAAACAUUCUGUGUUUUACUGUUUGGAAGUGGUGACAGCUGUAAAGAUUUCAUUGUUAAGGGAUUCGAUGUGGCUGCUAAAGCAAUUGAUAAGUUAAAAGAUGUAUCCUACAAACUGAAGUUUCUUCAUUCACCAAAAGAAGAUGGCGAGAAAAUAGCAAAGAAGUUGGUUGAUCAUGACAUCAGUCUUAAUCAGCUAAUUGUUAGCAGGUUUAGUGAGGACAGCAAAGAACAAGCCAGAGAUUUCUGUGCUGCGGAUCUUGCCAUAAUGCCAUCAAGGACUGAAGAUUUUGGAUCACCUGGUCUUGAAGCGUUAUCUGCUGGUCUGCCUGUACUUGUCAGUGGUAAUUCAGGACUUGGAGAAGCUCUGAAGGAAUUGCCUUUUGGCUCACAGUGUGUGGUAGACUCAGGAGAUCCUGAAGUCUGGGCCAAAGAGAUCAGAAAUGUUCGUGAAAAACCUAGGAUAGUUCGCCUUUCAGAAGCAAAGGAUCUUCGUAAACAUUAUGAAAAAGCUUAUAACUGGGAGAAGCCUUGUACUGUCCUUGUGAAAAAGAUGCAGACACUUGCCUCUGGUAAAAGUUCCCUUUUAUUAAAAGUAUUUUCUUCUGUUACAAGAAAACAAUAAGUUGAUAUUUAUACUGCUACUUCAAUAUAAUUUUGCAACAUGUAACAGCAUGUUCUUGUCAGUCACUAGUCAGUUGAUGUUUUCAAAUAAUUAUAGCACAGGCUCUUUAUUGGUCACUUACAUGCAGGUGUUAGUAAGUAAUCUAUAAGGGAAUGUUGCUACAUGUCAUAGUAAAAACUUUUCCUACCCUAACAUCAGUAUGCAUUUUCUCCUCACUGUUUUUAAACAAUUUGCUUUGCUACUGACCAGGAGAAUUAGUUAAAAAAAUCAAGAGUUUCUUUAGUUGGUGAUCAUUUCCGUUAUUUUUGUGACGUUGAUGGUUGAUUCAGGGCGAAAUUGUAAGGAGAAAGUAGAUGCCAGUCACUCUAAGGGGUUAAAGUGAUAACUUUUUUUGUGAGGCUUGUCUUGCAAUGAGCAGCAGUAAGUCAUGAGAGCUUAACUUCUAAAUGUACCUUGUUCCUUGCAGGUAAGGAAAUCCCACCAUUUCAAGAAAGUGGUCAGACUCAAGGUGAUUCCACAGCUAAUGGUAAUUGCUACAUGUAGUAAUCACCAUGUUACUUUAGUUUAAAUUGAUACUGUGGUCAAUUAACUCAUUAAUUUGGUGCAGGCAUGCACUACUUGUAGACUAACUGACUGAUACACCAGUCAGUGCGGUCUUCUUAGUGGUAAUUCCAUCGAAAGUCUAUUGUAUUAGUGGAAUCAGUGUGAAAUCUCGUGUUAUUUGCAUAUACAGCGUAGCGUUACAGUUCUUCUCCAUUGCUUGUCAUCGUGAAAGUUAGCAAGUGGAGAUGUUUCCUAUUUAUUUUUCGGUCCAUUUCCAGUGGAUCAUGGCCUCUUUAUUUGUAAACUUGAAUUAAGUUAUGCUUUUUCAGUCUCGGUUAUUGGAAGUGAAAUCUGUAAAUGUUUUGAUUUAAAUGUAUGAAUUAUUUCAUAAUUUGUGCUAGCAACCACAUGGCAUCUGCAUAUAGCCUGAAAACUCUUCUUCAUUCUGAGUUUAAUUCUUAAAAAAAAAGUUGCAUGAAACAUGUACAGAAGUUAAUAUUUUUGUUUUCAUAAUUUUUCCCUAGAUCAUGACCUUUCUGUGAUUACAAAACUUCUCAGAGCUGAGUACAACAGAAGAUCUCUUCUAAAACCACUUCUUUGGGAGAACACCUUUAAGUUACCUCUUGAUGAUGUUUACACAAAACUGUCAGUAGUGUCGAGACGAAUAACAGACUUUAGAUUGGAAGAUAGAACAGUGAACAUGUUUGACAUCUUUAAAACUGUCAACAAAGAUGACGAUUCUAUGGUGCUCGUAGAGGGAAGCCCUGGAAUUGGAAAGACAACUUUUUGUCUUAAAAUUUCUCAUGACUGGGCUAACCAGAAAAUCCCAAGUGAAUCUGCUUUUCCAGUUUUCAAACUUUUGUUGCUGCUGAAAUGUCGAGACAUUUGUGGAGAUGUAAUAGAUGCCAUUGUUGAUCAGCUACUCCCAAUGGAGGGAAAGGUCAAGGAAAAGCUGGUAGAUUACAUUAAAGAUGUUCACAACCAGAAAAACAUUUUGGUGAUUUUAGAUGGCCUUGAUGAGCUUCCGGCAGCAGGUGAAUGUCACGUGGAUAAGUUACUAAGAAGAAGAAUGUUACCACUUUGCUACGUUUUGGCCACAUCUCGUCAAGAAAAAGGAAUUGAAGUGCGACAGAAGGUUGACUUUGACGUUAUUCUGCAAAUUGAAGGGUUCUGAGUACAUCAGAAAGCACUUUAUUCACUUAGGUCUUGAUCAUGUAGCAAAGGGAGAAAGGCUUAUUCAGUCCAUCCUGGAAAAUACCUUCCUACAUGCACUCCCUAGCAAUCCAUUGAAUCUGCUUCUUCUCUGUGUUGUUUUUGAGGAUUAUGAAGGAAAUCUACCAUCUUCUCAAACCCAACUUUAUCACAUUAUUGUUGGUUGCCUUUUGCGAAGGUAUUGUGCCAAAAACAAGGUGGAAGCCGCUUCUAAUGACAAAGCUUUAGAGGAACAAUUUAAAGAUAGUUUACUAGCAUUGGGGCAGUUAGCGUGGAGGUGUCUACAAAACAACCGGUUUUCGUUUCGAGAAGAAGAGUUGGCUGAAUUUGAAAGAAGAAAGAAACCUUUGGCAGCUCGUAAACUUGGUUUGGUAUUUAAAGAGGCCAGUGCGAAGAAGAUUAACCCUCAGCACGAAUAUCACUUUUUCCACAAGACUUUUCAAGAGUACUUGGCGGCAUUAUAUCUGGCACACAAGCUACUGGAAGAGAAAGUUAAUGUGUUUCAUGAUUUGAAGUUGAGCUUUGAUGACAUCACAAGAAAAUACAACCAAGUAUUUAUCUUUGUGUCUGGCAUACCGGGUGAGGCUACUUGUAAUCUGUUUGAACAGAUUGGCGAGAAUCUUAAGGUCAAAUGCUGGAACUGGCUAAAGCGUACUAUGCGAGAGGCGACUUUCUUCACUGAGUGUUUCAGUGAAAGCGGAGAAGCAGAACAAAUGGCAAUGACUCUUUGUUCCUUUAUCCCGUUUCCACAGUCAGUAACCAGUCGCAUCAGAAAUAAAUCAUCUGAAGGUGUUCUAAGAGUUGCAAAUGCUUGCAAGAACUUCUCAGAAUUACAAUUGCCUGUUCAUCUUACUGUGUAUUUUGGUUUAAAACGGAAUCUUCUCUCUGUUGUCGAGUUUCUAACCUCUUACUCCAGGCUAGAAACUAUUGUCUUUUCUUCUGAAGGUGUUUCAGAACAAAUAACUGGCCUUUUGUCUAACGCACUUCAAGUGAACUCAUCUUUACAUUCCUUUACUCUUCAAACAAGUCUUUGUUUUUCCCGUAGGGAGGCUGCUUCUAUUCGUGACAAUUUAGCCGCAAACAAAACACUUCAAACCGUGACUUUAAAACUGCCGGGUGAGUUAGGUGAGCAUUGGGCCACUGUUCUUGAAAAAGGAUUGUCUGGAGACACACCGCUGACAUCUGUUGUGCUGGAGAUCAGUGGCUCAGUAAACAAGUGGAAAAGUGAUAUGGUGGCUUUGAACAAUUUGUUAUUGAACAGAUCGCUUCAAUCUUUUGGCCUCACUAUUUAUGGAGACAUGCACGAUUCAUUGGCGACUUCUGUCGCCGAAGGCCUUGCAGCUAAUCCGUACUUAAAAUCCCUCACAUUGACUGUAUGUGGAAGCGUCAGCUGCUCUGCUUUCAUUUCGUUGAAAAAGGGUGUUGUAGAAAAUAGUACUUUAAGGUCACUGGUCUUAAAAGUGUUCGGAGGACUCCCCGAGAAUUGGAUAAACAUUUGUGAAGCUCUCUAUGUUGCUAAAAAGUCAUCUCUGUCUCUUACAAUUGAGCCGGAUGUAGUCAGCAAAAUAACAACUUCGCAGGUGGCCUUUCUUCGUCCUCUUCUACUUGAAGAAAAACUUGGCGUGUUGAAACUUCACUCACUUACUGUAAAGAUGUGGGGAGAGUUGAGUUGCACUGGAGCAAGUGAUUUAUGCAAACUCCUGAUAGCCUCAAGAGUUUCCUGCGUUAAUUUGAGUAUCCAUGGAAGAGUAACAGAUGGUGUUGCUACCUGUUUGGUUAAGAACUUUGACAAAGUUAAGUCACUGUCCAACUUGAGUAUCAACAUUAGGGGAGAGGUGACAAGAGACGGAGAGAGCACUCUUGAAGCCCUAACAUGCAAUCAAAACUUUUCGUCUACUUUAAAUGUCCAUGACGUAGGGACAGUGGACGAAAUAUGCGAAGAAGUUAAGUUAUCUGUAGUCGAUUCUUCGUCAUUAACAUCAGCAUUUACAGACGUCGAGACUAUCUGCUCACGUGUUAGAAAAGUGAGUAUGAACUUUGAUAGCCCCAUUUACUCAAGUGAGGGGGACUGGGGACGAAGUGUUGGUGACUUUUUGGCGAAAUUCGUAUCACUUACUACAUUACACCUCUCAUUCAACAACUGCAGUGGCAUGAGUGAAGGCUGGAUGGGUGGUCUUUGGAGUGGUUUGGCACAAAACACGUCGUUAACCACGCUGAGUAUUACAGUCAACAGCUACAGUUACUUGAGUGUACACUGGAUGGGCGAACUGGGAAGAGGUUUGGCACAAAGCACGUCGAUAACCACGCUGAGUAUUACAGUCGACAGCUACAGUUACAUGAGUGGAUACUGGAUAGGCGAACUGGGAAGUAGUUUGGCACACAACACGUCGAUAACCACGCUGAGUAUUACAGCCAACAGCCGCAUUGACAUGAGUGUAAUCUGGAUAGGAGAACUGGGAAGAAGUUUGGCACAAGGCACGUCGAUAACCACGCUG